GCCAUGUUAGGGGUUCUAGACGAAUCCCCACACUCCCACACGGUUAAAACGGACAACGGUCAUGUCCUUGGCGAGCGCCGGCCACGUGCAUACAACUCCCAGAGGUGAAUCCUACGAGCAUAUAAGUAAUAAUUCUGGCCAUCCUACAACGUCAUAUUUUAGCGUCUAGGUCCCUAGUUGUCAUCCUUCAUCCCAAUGCCUUGUAAUUUUCGGCCGAACAGUUCGGUCCGUUGAGUCUCUGAAUCUAGAAUCGUAUCACUAGGAUCUUACGAUCAGGCCUUUGUUAGAAGAGAUUCCAGGAAAACUUGGAUAUCAAAGUACUUGAAAUGAUAGCUUGUAGCUCCCUGUCGCAUCUUGUUCAUAUGCUUGCCUAGUAUUCUAUAUUCUUGCAAUUCUGAAGAAUUGGGCUCGUGCGAAGUUGUUUCUAUUUCGCCUCACGAUUCACCUUUCUUUUCUUCUCAUACUGAUUAUUUCUCUCUUUGGCGUUAAUCCACCAUGUUGUCUCAGGCCCGUGGUGUGUUAGAGAUUUUCUCUAACGUUCACCUUUCACCAGCUAUCGGGUUUCUUCUCGCUGGUGCUGCUGUGCUCCUAUAUGGAUUCUACCGUAGGCUUCUUCCCAAGCCUAUUCCCGGGAUUCCGUAUAAUCCCGAGGCUACACGGUCCAUUUUUGGUGACGCACCCAGUAUGUUACGAGAGACAGUAAAGACUGGCGAGUUUAUGGCGUGGAUGCGAAAGCAGUCGGAAAAUUUGAACGCGCCGCUUUGCCAGGUAUUUUUACGCCCGUUGUCGAACCCCACCCUCGUUCUAGCAGACUGGAGGGAAGCGCAGGAUGUCCUGAUGAAACGGAAGGACUUUGAUCGGUCGAGCUUCACAAGAGACCUGAUGGCCCCGAUCGCUCAUCAUCAUAUCCGUAUGAGUACUGGCAGCGAGUGGAAAGACGCUCGCAAGCUUACCCAAGAUUUGAUGAUUCCGGCAUUUCUGCACAAAGUCGCCGCCCCUGCCAUAUACUCCAAGGUUCUAGACUUCCUGCAUCUUUGGGAAGUUAAGGAAAGCUUGUCGGAGGGUCGGCCAUUCCAUGCACAGACGGAUAUCUACCAUACCAUCCUAGACUCCGUUUGUGCUUUCUCGUUUGGGGCCAGCUUCGAAUACUCAGCUGUGCGUCCGCAGUCAGAUCUUCUCGAGAGUCUAACGCCGGAGCAGAUUUCGGCUCUGAAGGGUGGCAUUGAUGAUCCCGUUCGUUUUCCCGAAGCUGCCCUCCACGAAAACCUUGAGGUCAGCUUAACUGCCGGACAUGUCCUUGAAAAGCUCAUGAACUCUGCUGUUCCCAAACUUACCUUGUGGUGGGAGAAUAUGCGGCCUUCGUUCAGGAAGACUCUCGCUGCUAAGGAUCGAUUUGUUAUGGGUCAAAUCCAGAAAUCCGUGGAAAAGAUGAAUACUCACGGCACCGCUGACGACUCCUGGGUACGUUCGGCUGUUGACCACAUGAUUCUGCGCGAGACAGUUCUGGCCGAAAAGAGCGGCCGAGAGCCUCAAUUUUUCAGUCCUGGCAUGAGCGACGAGGUCAUCUUUAACGUAGUCGGAGGCCACGAGACCACCGCUAACACUUUGGUAUGGGGCUUAAAAUUCCUAACAGACAAUCCUACGGCGCAGUCGACUCUCCGCGCCGCACUUCAUGCUGCUCACCCUGUGGCUCUGGCGGAGAAGCGUUUACCCACCUUAGAUGAGAUUACUCACACUACCAUACCAUAUCUGGAUGCCACUAUGGAUGAGAUGUUACGUCUUAGUGCCAUGCCCAUAACCAGAGAAGCAACUUGCGACACAGAACUACUCGGACACCAUAUACCUAAAGGAACCGUUGUUCUUCUAUUGUCCAACGGGCCGAGCUUCCUCUCGCCGUCGUUCGACAUACCUGAAAGCAAACGGAGCAAGACCUCACAAGCAACAAGAGUAAGGCAGUGGAACGAAGCUGAAGAUAUGCGCGCGUAUCAUCCUGAGCGCUGGUUAGUAAAAGGCGAAGACGGCGAGGUCAGGUUUGACGCCACCGCCGGGCCGCAGCUAGCUUUUGGUCUCGGCCAGCGAGGAUGCUCGGGUCGCCGGCUUGCAUACACAAAGAUGAGGAUCGUCCUUACUCUGAUGCUUUGGGAGUUCGAGCUGCUUCCGGUACCACCUUCAUUAUCAAGCUAUGCUGCUAAGGAUGGGCUUGCGCAUACACCUCGGCAGUGCUUCAUUCGUCUAGGAAGGGUUAAGUAUUGAACCCUUCUAUCUAACUCUACAGGAAAGGAUAGAAUCUGAUGUUCGUUCUUGGCGUAAGGUGGGGAGGGGGUUAGACCGCGUUGAUGUGUCGUAACAAAUAUAUUUUAUAUUCUCGCAUUACCUUUAGUAAUAUUGAACACGUCCCUUUGAAUAUGCCA